UCAGCAUGAUGAAGAUUUGAUUAAAAUAGGAUUUGCUCCAUGGAGUCUACCUUUGAACUAAAGCACUCCCUUCACCCUGCCUCUCGCUUUUGGUGUCCAUACAUAACACAUGAAACCUUACACGGACUGGACACCCCACCUUCCAAAGCCACCUUACUCCAUCUCCUCCAGCAAUAUAUCUCAUGAUCAAGCAAGCAUGGAAAAUCCAAACCAACACCACCACCACAUGCCGACAACCUCGGAGCCUAACGACACCGGUGCAACUGAGAAAUGGGCUGCAAAGCUCCUCCAAGAGUGCGCAAAGGCCAUCUCAGAGAAGGACUCCAGCAAGAUCCAUCACCUCCUAUGGAUGUUGAAUGAGCUUGCAUCCCCCUACGGAGAAUGUGACCAAAAGUUGGCAUUCUAUUUCCUGCAAGCUCUCUUCUGUAAAGCAACUGAAUCAGGAGAGCGCUGCUACAAGAAUUUAGUAUCGGUCGUGGAGAGGAGCCACUCUUUUGACUCUGCAAGGAAGGUAAUCCUCGAGUUUCAGGAGGUGAGUCCUUGGACAACAUUUGGUCAUGUAGCAUCCAAUGGUGCGAUCUUAGAAGCCAUGGAAGGAGAGGCUAAGCUUCAUAUUAUCGACAUCAGUAACACCUACUGCACCCAAUGGCCAGCUUUGCUGGAAGCAUUGGCAACCCGAAAUGAUGACACGCCAAAUUUAAGGCUAACGGUGGUGGCGACCGUCGGCAUGGGGGGAUCGGUCAUGAAGGAGAUUGGGCACAGGAUGGAAAAGUUUGCGAGAUUGAUGGGUGUGCCAUUUGAGUUCCAAGUUGUGAGGGUGGCGACACGGUUAGGGGAGCUCAAGGAAGAACACUUGGGACUGCAAGAGGAUGAAGCAGUCGCCGUGAAUUGCGUCGGAGCCUUGCGACGGGUCGGCGUGGAAGAGAGGAAUGAUUUCCUACAAAUGCUUCGCAGCAUCCGGCCAAAGGUGGUCACUGUGGUGGAAGAGGAGGUAGACUUCACAAGCUGUAGGAGCGAGUUCGUCAAGUGCUUUGAGGAGUGCUUGAGGUUUUACGGUGUCUUCUUUGAGAUGCUAGAGGAAAGCUUUGCUCCCACCAGCAAUGAGAGGUUGAUGUUGGAGAGGGAGUGCUCCAGGAGUAUUCUUAGCGUCCUUGCUUGUGAUCAAAAUGGUGGUGGAGACUGCGAGAGGAGGGAGAAGGGGAGCCAAUGGUGUGCAAGGCUAAUGGAAGGCUUCUCACCUAUGAGCUUUAGCGACGAUGCGAUCGAUGAUGUUAAGGUAUUGUUGAAGAGGUAUCGGUCAGGGUGGUCGCUCCUGCCGGCAGAGGGUGAUGCUUCAGGCUUCUACUUGACGUGGAAGGAUGAACCAGUGGUGUGGGCAUCAGCUUGGAAACCCUAGAAUUCAUGAGGAUAAUAUUCUCAUUUCUUAAACCAAUCAGACCUCAAAUUAAACCACAGGUAUCAAGCUUUUUUUUCCCCA